CCAACAUCGACCAGGUCUACUCAUCGUCCACAACAGAAAUGUCUAAAGACGUAGAAAUGGAAAAUGAGGACCUCGUGUUUGACCCAGACCAAGAUCCUGAGGAAAAGCGCGCCGUUCGCCAAAAUUACCGUGCACUAACGAAGAAGUUUGAAGGUUAAGAAACUAUCAAUAACGUUACGAAACCGCUGAACGACAUGAAACAGAGCAAAACCUGAACCCAAAUGAUUUCACGCCGCAGGCCCUCAUGAACCAUGUCAAGCAAGCAGACGCGUUGUUCAAGAAAGUAAAGGAACCGCAAGAGGCCAUCCUUGACUCUCGGAUACUGCUGCUCGCUUCCAAUGCCAGUGCACAGAAGGUCCGAUCCUUAAAAUCCGGGACGGGGUCAUUCGAUGUCGACGAGUUUGUCGCGAAGCUGGCCACUUUCAUGGGUGGUCAGAAGCAAGUCCGGCAAGAAAACUUCCCCCAAGAGGCAGGCUCUGAUGUAGAAGAAGAGGACAUGCACGAUUACCCGCUAGACUGGGCAAAGAUUGGGCGAAAAGCCAUGGCCAAAAGUCGACGAGCACCUGCAAUGAGCUUCAUGCUGGGCCCUCUGUCAUUGGAGCAAAAGAAACGUGCAAACAUGAAGCGUGAAAAGCAUGAAAAGAAUACCGCGGAAGAAGUGAAACCACAAGAACUCAAAGAAGAAGAUAUCCAGCGUUCAGAAAAUGAGACGACGAAAAACGUCCACGAUCUUGAAGAGCUUCUAGGGAAACACUGCACAAUGGAAGACGAGUCUAUUGAACCAGUGAACCUGUUCAAAUUCAUUCUCAAUCCGCACAGCUUCGCCCAAUCCGUCGAAAAUGUGUUCUAUCUCUCAUUCCUUAUUCGCGAUGGCCGUGUCGCUCUGGAAACAAACGAGCACGGCGAACCUGUAAUAUAUCCCUGCGAGGCUCCCUCAGACGCAGAUUAUGCCGAAGGGCUAAAGAAGAACCAGCUCGUCCUAGAGUUUGACAUGCAGGUGUGGAAGGUUAGAGGGUCAUACUCCUUGAUUCAUUUGCGGCGAUGCUAA